UCAGCACGCACGUCCAAGUCAGGAUUUACGUCGGUUCCGGGAGACGCGUUGGCAGGUCACUUCAGUAUCAUCCGACUGCAAUGUAGGAGAGGGGGUGUGUGUGUUUAUCUUAACGCCGGUUUGAAAGGGACCUAGUCAAAGGAGAAGACACUUGAACACCGACUUGACAUGAGCAGGGCUCUCUGACAUGGACACAGAGAUGAUUCCUAAAUUUGCAUCAAAAGAUGAGGAAGUUGAUUACUGGAAGUCGCAAGCACUUAAAUAUAAGAAAAGUUGUCAUGAUGCACAGGAGGAGCUGCAGGAGUUUCAAGAGGGGAGCCGUGAACUGGAGGCUGAGUUGGAGGCACAGCUCAGCCAGGCUGAACACCGCCUUCGAGACCUACCAACUGAAAACGAGAGACUGAAGAAUGAAGUGGCCAACCUCAAGGACAAGCUGGAGCAGCAGUACUCUCAGAGUUACAAACAGAUCUCCAUGCUAGAGGAUGAUCUGGGCCAGACACGGAGCAUCAAGGAGCAGCUAAACAAAUACGUCAGGGAGCUUGAGCAGGCAAACGAUGACCUGGAGCGGGCCAAAAGGGCUACAAUAGUGUCUCUUGAAGACUUUGAGGGCCGUUUAAACCAGGCCAUUGAGAGAAAUGCCUUCCUAGAGAGUGAGCUGGAUGAGAAGGAGUCUCUGCUAGUAUCAGUGCAGCGACUAAAAGAUGAAGCACGAGACCUGAGACAGGAGCUGGCAGUACGUGAGCGGACUACAGACAGGAUGUCAGAACCCAGCUCACCUACCUUAGACAUCGACAAGAUAGAUUCAGCAGUUCAGGCCUCUUUAUCCCUUCCAGCCACACCUGUGGGAAAAAGCUUAGAGCAUGCCUUCAUCAGCCAAAAAGCCCUGAUCAGUGGCUGUGGCAGCUCAUCCCUCACUCCUUCUGCUAGAAUCUCAGCUCUUAACAUUGUUGGUGAUCUGCUGAGGAAAGUUGGGGCUCUGGAGACCAAACUUGCUGCCUGUAGGAACUUUGCCAAAGACCAAGCAGCAAGAAAAAAGUACUCCACAGACAACGGCAUACUCAACAGCAGUGCCACCAAGUUCUCUCACUCUCUACAUACCACUUACUUCGACAAAACGCAUGCUGCCUCUGAGUGUGUGAGACGUUCCCAUGGCACACAGGCCUCUACUGAAACUCCACCCAACACAGUGUGGGAACAGAAAGGACACUUGAAAGACCAUUACCUUGUGCGAUACGUGUGUGUGUGUGUGUGUGUGUGUGUGUGUGUGAGUGAGAGAGAGAGAGAGUUGGAAAGAAAGAAUGAUGUGUGAAAGAGAGCCUUGACUGUACAACGGAACUUGCCUCCAGUUUGCAGCUCUAAAUGCAUCUGUGAUGAGGUGCACGGUAAUUUGUGCAUAGGUUCCUAUCACACACUUGGAUGUGCCUAAAGCUGUGCUGUACUGUGCUGGUAUGAAUGUCGUUUGUUUGAAUGGCAGCUCAGAAGUGGCACCGUUACGAUAUUCUUAGUUCUGGUUUUCAUCUGAAAACUACUAUUCUGACAAAAGGUCCUUCACAGACCACAGCUUCAUCUUGACCCUUUUUCCUGCAUUUUCACUUAAGAUUGCAUAGUUAAACUAAUUUCAGUUUAGAAUGUGCUAUAUUUAUAAAGGGAUAUGUUCAUAUUAAAAGUUUCACAGUAUGCUUUAAAAUGCAGUAUUUCCUAUUUAGCGUUUUCCUGCAUGUGUGCGGAUGUAAUGUGGGGUUGGGGAGGUAUAGGUGGACCCCACAUUCAUGACUGAUGUGAAUGUUGUUCAUUUAGAGCUUGUUGCUGGCUACAUGCUCCAUUUAAAAUUUGGAAGAAGUCUCCCUGUUAGCUAAAUGUCGGACGUAUCAGCCGGUUCUGUCCUCUAGGUUAAAGCUGCACUAAAACAAACUACACCUCACAGGUUUUGUUGCAGUGCAAGUUUCCCCCAUGUGGACAUCAUUGACAUUUCAGGUAAACAGUUUUGCUGUUUUAAAUGUUUUUUUAAAGUUUUCUUGCGACAGGCUUAUUUACCUCACUCUGAUGGUGGAUCUGUAAUACGAGUAGGUGAAUUUGGUUUUAUAGAAGUCCAACUCACAAAAGGAUGCUCAAAGCAAAACAAACCUGACUCAAGGAUCCUUCUUUUGCAAAUGUACGUGACUUAUUGGUUCACUGUGGCCUUUUGUGUCAUGCAGCACAUUUGCCAACCAUCUGUUACUGUGGGAACCUGAUGUUAAUUUGAUUUUUGGCAGGUUGCAUAGUGGUAGUGCAUUCGUUUUACAUCUAAGAAAUGUGUCUAAGACCAUUUUGUUCAUGUAUUUCUCCCUAUCAUAUAUCUUUGUCACCACCUAGAGAUUUGUAGUGUUAUCUAACAAAGAGAGGUCUUUCUGGGCACCCUGAGCCUGAUCCUUAACUGUGUUCUACAGUCAGUGUAUGUAGCUUGUAAGGAUGGUAAAUUUGCCUACCACAUUUGUACAUACUGGCACGUGGCAUUAAGGUCCUAUUUAUUAAAGAUUCUGUAUGGCAUGUGUUCAAAUAAAUGUUAUUGGUUAAAACCAUUGUAUUACAUCACAUUUAUUAAAAUUGUUUAAGUAAAUAAAGACUGAUAUG